AUGGCUAAACAAUUAGUCCAAAAGUAUGAUCGCGGCGACUCUCUUCUUCUUGACCUACCCAUUGAUAUUUUUAUCGCCAUCCUCAAAAAAUUGGAUGUGAAGGAUUUGGCUAUGCUAUCUAGGGUGUGCUGGGUUUUGCACGAUAUAGUGGCUAGCACCGGUUGGGAGACCUAUGUUCGCUCUCAACCGAGGCCAAGUAUUUCACUAACUCAACAUCUUGACGCAAUUUCACCACUAAGGAGGGCUCGUUACAUACAUCUUACAGAUCGCGCCUGGGCCUCUCGUAAUUCGAUUGUCAGGCCUCUUGCUCUCAGCCAUUACUCCAUCAAGGAUGCCUCGCCUUGCCUUGUUGCGACCCCUUCGAUGCUCAUCAUAGCCGUCGCAAAUGCGCUACAUGUAUACAGCUUCUUGAAUGAGGGUGAUGUACGAUGGAGGGGCCACGUUGCGCUCCACCGCGACAGUGCGCACGAUGACAUUACCGGCCUCGGGGUCCUAAGUCAGGUGAAUCCUGGACGAGGCGAGUGUGUUAUAGCGUCUCUCGCAAGCGGCAGGCUACUACGGGUACGACUAUCACCAAACGACGAACCGCUGAAAGCGACUGUUACAGCUCACUAUACCCACCCAGCCACACAUAUAACUUCUCUCAGUACAAGCCGAUGGGAAAGCAAGGCGGGCCUAACUCUCACAACUGCGGUUGGCCGGCUAGUGUCGCUGUACAACACUCGAUCUCCUUGGAUCGAGCCUACACGGAUAGAAAUGCCAACACUCACCGCAGUUCCCGGGAAGAAGCGGGUUCGACUUUGGUGUUCAAUCAUUGCGCAGUCGGACUCCCUCGCAGUUGCCGGUUCUACACAGCUUUUUUUAAAUCCAAUCCUACCCACUGGGUUAGGAACGCAGGGUACGGCUCUACCUGGACCAGCCAAAACCUCUACCUGUUAUGCCCUUGCUCAUCCCCCUGACGGCGGAAGGGACUUGAUAUUAAGUGGUUGGCACGACGGAUUUGUGCGGAUGUACGACCUCCGAACAAGAGCCGUUGAAUUGACUAUGCACGAUCCUUGGUCAGACUCUGCUGUGUACUGUGUUGGCGCUGGGGGUGGGUCUGGAGCGCAUGUUGUGGCUGGGUACUCAAAUCAUGGAAUUGUCGCCAUAUUUGAUAUUCGCUCGCCCACCAAUGGGUAUACGAUUUAUUCUCCAUCAUCUACACGAAGUCCACCCCGUCCACGCAAUGGCCUCACUCAGGUAUCCUCGCUUCACGUCGAGGGCGCUCGAAUAUUCGGGACAACUCCUCACCUUCCGUUCGUAGUCGAUUUUGGUCCAGAUGUAACGCGAGACACAUACCCGCCUGUUAAGGAGGUACCCGACCGAAUGUCGCGAGACGGCAGGAGUUUUUAUUAUGCGGGUUACACUCACGCCAGAGGGCAUCCUGAACUAGUGCAAUCCCUUUAG